AUGUCUGCAGACACUGCUUCAACAGCCACAACUGGCCAGAGUUCUACAGGAAUAGUCAGUGAAACUAGCAGCAAUGCUGCUUCCCUUUCUGCUCCUGCAUCUUUUGCUUUUGAUGAAAAGCGACUCAAUGCCUGCGACACGCCUGAACGUCAGGAACUAUUGCUAUUCCAAUGGCUAUCUGGGCUCGAGAAAGACUUGGGCUCUACCACAAAGGACAUUCUUAAACCUCAUCAACCAAAUUUGGAAAAACUGCUACUCAAGUUUUUGGGAAAUCGCGAUAUCAAGCCAUCUCGUCCGAUUCGAGAGCUUAUCGCAAGGACGUUUGUGCUGAUCUACCACAAAGGAGAUCAACGCUCCUUGUUUGAUACUCUGGCUGCCAUUCAGAACUUACUUUCUAAUAAAAAAUCUGAUGACCCAGCUGUCAGGGUUGCACUGAUUCAUUGCAUCGGUGUUUUGACCGAAUCGCAUGGUGUCAAGGUCAUGUCACUCUUUGCCGAAACUGCAAUUAUUUUAACAAAAUCUUUCAAAUCUGCCAAAGAUGCAGAUAUCACUACUAGAUACGAGAUCAUCAAGGCCAUCAGUAGCUCGUUGCGUGGAGCAGGAAAGGGUGCUACAAAAAUACUUCUUAAAGAAUUCGUUCGAUUUGCAAAAUUGGGAAUAACCGAUAAGCUUCCAAUCAUUCGUAUGGCGUCUGCCGAGCUUUACACUGCAAUCUACCAGUGUACAUCAUUUCUUCCCCCCACGAAUUCAGUAGAAAUGGAAGCAUUUGUUGCUAUUUUGGUAAAGUCAUUGGACGGAUCAAACUACACAUGUCGUCGAGCUUUUUGUACAUUGAUUUCUGCAUUGUUUGAAAUUGCACAAAUACCUGAAAAUUUUGCCAAAAUUACUUCUAAAAGUACUUUGAAAAACGAAGCCGAAAGUACUGCAGCUGCAGCUGCAGAGAUGACUAUUCUUACUCAACAAGAGAUUUUCAAUAUCAUUUCUAGCCAGUUUAUCAAAGCGUCUACUCGUGAAGCUCGUGUUGGUGUCAUGGAAGCUACGGCUGCAUUUUUAAAUCGGAUGGGUCCGGAAUUCGUUGAAAACAACCACCCGACUAUUCUCAAAUCGAUUGUAGAUACCGUUUCAAAUCCAAAAAAUUUGACAGCUCGCUACGAAAACACCUUUGUUUUUGAAUGCGGUACUUUUUUAAUGCGAAAUGUUGUUGGGAAAAUGCUGACAGAAAGAGGGCAGACGAAUUGUGUACGCGAAAUUAUAUCUCAUUACAUUACUCGAUGGCCUGCUGUACUUCCUACAGAUACUGCUCCGUCUGAUCAAGCACUGACGUUUGUGCUUUACGAACUCUCUGCGCUAAUUGCAGACCUUGGACAAUCUGCAAAUGAGUGUCAAGAGCAGCUUGUCCAGAGUUUAUUCUCCCUUCUUCCCCAUCCUUCUCACACUGUCAAAGUUGCACUUGCGUGGACAUUUAGAUCAAUUUGUGUGGCUCUCCCAGAAAAUCUUUCAACUCUUUUAAAUCGUCUUGUUGGCUUACUCCAAAAAGAUGUUGGGCUAUUGACUCCAGAUCGUCCCGAUGUUGUUGACAAAAUACAAGGCUAUGCAAACGUAGUGGCUGCAGUUACUAGUGUAAUAUCACUGCAUCCUCUUUAUGCGGUCUAUGAAGACGCGGCAACUAUUUUUGGAUUCUCAACCCAACUGAUUCGUGCAAUUGGAUCAUCUCGUAAUCAACGUGUUUGUGUUUGCCAAGUGCAAGCUGCUUGGACUCUUAUUGGAUCACUUAUGAGUCUAGGACCAAAUUUCGUUAAAGUCCAUCUAUCACAGCUGUUGCUGCUUUGGAAGGCUGUGUUUCCAAAAUCUCAACCAAAGGACCUUAAUGCCAAUCGUAGCGAACUGGAGUGGAGCUUUCAGUUUGUGUCUAGAGAAUCUGCACUUGCUGCAUUGUACAGCUUUUUUGUAUAUAAUGCCAAAGAUCUUGUAACCAGUGAUGUGGCAAAAAGGAUUGUAGUAUGUUUAAAUAACACGCUGAAUUUUCUUUCAACUAUCCCAGCCACUUAUGGCAUACCCUUGGAACAGCCUCAUGCCGGGCUAACUCAGAAUCGACUGUACGAUCGUGAGUGCCAGCUGAGACGACGUCUUUUUCAAUGCUACAGUGCGAUUAAUCCCUCAUCGGUCUACGACAUAUCCUAUGUUCAAUUAAUGAAGGCUACCAUUGAUACAUUUGCUCUUGAUCCCGACAAGGCUGAUCGAUUUUCUGGUGUAUCGGGAGCGCUGAUAAAGGAAAAUGGACACGCAAUUGAAUCGGUUUUUUCAACAUCUCUUAUCUCCAACUACACCAUAUCUGUAGCUGCAGAAUCUGAAGCCGAAGACAGAGGUAUAUCAAGAGUUAUGGUGCAGGAUACCGACGUUCAAGGCUUGGAGGAUUUGAAAUUGUUACUGACAUCAGUCCAACACUUUUGCUACAAGAUUGAUUGCCGCGUUUUUGGAAGUUGUGAUAAUGAUCCUCAUUGUCUUUAUAUUGCUUCGAGUGUUCAAACAGCCGACAAAGAAACAACUGAUGGUUCUUCUAAACACAUGAUAUAUCGACCUCUGUCUGCUCCUCCCGGUGUUGCUAUGGUUGAUGCUGCCAUUGAGCUUUUUGCUUUUCUUUUCCCGCUACAGACUUUGCAAACACAGGAAAUAUUUAUUGAAUCUAUUAUCAAGAGCGUCACUGUGCAGGCAGGAAAAGUCACGCCCGCUCGCAAAGAUGCAGCACAAAUCAACUCCCUUAUUUCCAUAAUAGGUGCGCUCAAGUAUAUUAUGGUGAAAAGAGGGCAGCUUGCAAGCGGUAAAGUGUCUGUAGCAAUUAGAGAUCUUGCAGAUCCAUUCCUCAGAUCGCCAAACUCUAUUUUACGUGCCACUGCAAGUGAAAUUUUGGGUCGUCUCGCUCGAGUUGUUGGAACGGCCACUUUUGUUGGACCAUUGAUUCAAAGCUUAGUGGAUCAGGUUGUUAACAACCGUGAUCCCGAGUCGCGUGCCGGAGCAGCACUUGCACUGGGAUCCAUUCACAGUUUUGUGGGCGGUAUGGCAGCAUUCUCGCACCUCAACACUGUUGUAGGAAUACUGCAUUCACUUUCAUGCGACCCUCAUCCAUUGGUACAUACUUGGGCACUUCACUCACUAUGGCUGACAAUAGAAAGCGCUGGACUCAUGUAUGGGCCUUUUGUAAACUCAACAUUAACAUUGGUGGUGAAGCUUUUUAUGUGUGAUAGCCAUGAAAUCAGUGCACCAGCAGCAAAUGGAUCUGGCUCAGAUUCUAAUGCACAAGUUGGUCCAGCAUUUGGCCGUAUUCUCCACGCUCUCGUUGGCGUAAUUGGGCCAGAACUUCAAAUGUCGACGAGUUUACGUGAAAUUUGCUUUUGUCUGUAUGAGCAGCUUAAAAAUAAUGAUGACCCUUUUGUAGUUGUCGAAGCGAUUCGUUGUAUUCAAAACUUUAUUUUAUUUGCACGCAAGUAUGUUGAUAUUCAGCAACUGAUUCCAUUUUUGCAAGUUCAGCUCUCAGGAGACUACCGUGCCCAAGUAUACAUGAUCAGAAAGGCAUCCGUUACUUGUUUGUAUCAACUUAUACAGCACGAUCCGGAAACAGUACUUUGUGCUACAAUUGGAAAUCAGUUAGAAGAGCAACUUUUUGCAUUGCUGGAUGUAGAGACGGAUGUCAUGGUGCGAGAUGAGAUCAAGGAUAUCUUGAUGGCACUACUACGACACGUGGCUCCAGAUCAUCCAUCCAGGUGGCUAGAUCUUUGUAAAACCAUUCUUUCAAAAUCAUCGGCAACAAACAUUGGGGAUCCAUACAGACAAAAUAUUGGUCCUUCUAUUGGUAAGGCACCAGUAAGCCAUACUACGUCUAAAUCACUCGAGACACAACCAGGCGUUCAUUCUGUUGAAAAGGGUGAUGAUGACGAUGAAGAUGACAUACUUGAUGAGAGGCGUCAACAAAGUAUGGAUACUACUCACGAUGCAGCCACUAUGUCUAGUUCUCAAAAAGACAAAACUGCAUCUCAUAUAGUCAAUAUUGGAAGAAAAUCUUCGAAUAUUGUUGUUGUUUUGCUUCCUCGAUGGCGCACCCAAACCUUUGCUUUAACCUGUUUACGAACAGUAAUCAAUGUUGUUUUGGCUACUGAAUCAUCUGAGCAUCUAGAUAUGGCUACUGCAAGGUCUGUACGUAAAGCACGCACAGCUGCUGGAAAAACAUCCGACUUUCUGGUAUUUCGCCUUGUAGAUCUCAUUCGUAUGGCGUUCAACUCCUCUACCUCCAACAUCAAUGAUUUGCGCCUUGGUGGACUUUUUUUGUUGCACGACGUAUUGGAGAAAUAUUCCGACUCUAUGGAUCCUGACUUUGAAGGGCACAUGCUUUUAGAGCAGUACCAAGCCCAAAUCAUUGCUGCAUUAGCACCAGCAUUUGCAAAUGAAUCAAGCCCUGAGAUUAUUAGCACAGCUUGUGGUGUGUGCUCCUUUUUUAUCAGUACAAGCCAAAAUAUCUCUGCAAUGACCAGACCAUUAAAGCUACUAGGCGGUCUUUUGGAUAAUUUUUCUAACGAAAGCUAUGUAAAUUCCCUGCCAAGUUCUAAUGCCUUUGUCAUGCUUAAAAUUUCGGUUUUAAAAGCUUGGGCAGAGUUACAUUCUAGUUCUGUUGAACAGCCAGACUUGGUUCCCGCUAUUCAGCCGUAUCUGAAGCUGUUGGUAAAGCUAUGGUUGAAUAUGCUUCAGGACUAUGCCAAGCUUACUAUUGAUGCGGAUGCAUCAGACAGCAGUGUGAUUGACACGUCGCCUGGGAUUAACCUGUAUAUGUCUGCAACAAGGCAGAUUACUCUUCCAUUUUAUCAGCAGUCCUGGGUUUUGGUAAUCAAGUCACUGACAGAUCUUAUGAGGGACAAAACUCCAGCUACAUUAAAAAUUCUAGGUGAUUCUGAAGAAAAAAAUGAUUCAAAACAAAUGUCGAUUUUAUGCAUGUUACUAGGUCUCUGUGUAGAAGCUAUAUCAGGCAAUAGCAAUGAAUCAAGCAAUUUUGUGCUAUUAAUUCGUCAGAAUUCAACCUUGGCAGCAUCUCGACAAGCAAGCGCUCGAGCUGCUGAAAAUAUGCGUGUUGCAAUCUGUCUUGGUAGCAUUAAAAAGCUUUUACAGAUAUAUUCUUUUGAAAACAUGACUUUGCCUCAAUCUAUAUAUCUUGAACUACUGAGUGUUUUUAAUCGCCACGUUUUGAAUAGCGAUACUGUCAUACACACGAUUCUUGUUGAUACACUUGAGCAAAUGAUUAUAGACUCUGGUAGCACAUUGUUUCAACCGCACGGAGAUGAUGUAGCUUCGAAUAUCGAUCCAUUUGCUAGCACUACCGAAUUGGCUUGUAAUGGAAUCAUUCAUGAAAAAGUUUACAAAGUCGUGCUGGUUUUAUUCCAUAUUAUUGCCACAUACAUUCCAACUUUAAAUACUCAAUCCAACUCACAAAUUCGAAUAAUGUCAGCUUCAACACCGGAAUCUGGAGCGGUAGUCGUCAAGGCAUUUGGAGCACUUUUACUGCUUGCUCAGUGCUCCAGCCUUUUGCAAAAAGACAGCGAAUCAUUGAUCUUUCUUAUUUUCUCUAUUUUAACAACAAUUGUAUCCACAAAAAACUUUGCUACAGAUGUUGCUCCUAAAUCAAUUGUUCUUAUCAAGCCGUUGCUUGAAAAGCUGAAUAAUGAUAACCAUGCCAUCUCAUCAUCAGAUCGUAGCAACGCCAUAUCUGACUGUCUAUGUGCAACUGUUUCCAACAUGUUGGAUAUCGCUGCACUGCAAUUGUUAGUAUAUCGCGAGUUUUCACAAAAAACACAGAAAACACUUGAAGAAACAACUGCUCGUGAUGAUUCUGAACAACUUGUUAUUCAAAAUGCACUUUUGGUUGUCAUUCUCAUCUUGACAAUUCAACCAGCAUCAAGCCAUUACUUGGCCAACCAAGUGAAACUGGUUGAGCUUUUGAACCUGAUGCUAAAUGGGUCAAACAUUCAGAUUGCUCUACUUGCAACUCAAUAUAUACGCACACUGAUUUUGCUAUCUUGCCGAGCCAACGACUUGGAUACCAAAAUUGGUGCAAGCCAUCUGCGACUCUUACUGCCCAUAUCUGCUAGAUACAUUUACCUUUUGGGAUUCAAUCUUGCACACGGCACCGACGUUGAAAAACUUUGUGUUGUGGAGGAGUCGAUGAAAACACUAAUGCUUCUUGCAACAAACACAGUAAACGAGCAUCAUAAAUUCACAGCACUAGCAAUACUUAUGCCUUUAUAUUUGAGAUCCAUGACAGAUAUGGUGGCUCCCGAUAUACCUCCAUCUUUUGCAUCGACUGCGUCUAAAUCCAUUCACAUAUUUGCAGCAAAGACCUUGCUUCAGUGUGCAUCGCAAUGUCAAAGUCAGUUUAAACUGGUGCUCCAGACACUGGAAGAUGAACAAAAGGCAAAAUUGGAAUGGUCAUUGAAAAGUAUGAUGGCGGCACAAGCGAAUAAUGUUAUGGGUGGGUUAGGAGCAAGUGAUGCUAGACAAAGUGGAUCAGACUACUCUCAGAACGUGUCUGCAGCACCAAAAAUUCAGCUCAAAAACUUUGCUAGUUUUGGUUGAAUAUCAUAUUCAAAUUUUUACAGGACAGUGAUUGAAAACGGUUUAAAUAG